GGCGCGCGCCAUGGCGGCGGCGGGGCUGUGGCGGGCGGAGGCGCCGCUGGGCCGGGGCUCGUCGGCCGCCGUGUACCGGGCGCGAUGCCUGGGAGACCCGCGCGCCCCGCCGGCCGCCCUCAAGGCGUUUCUGCCGCCCGGCCGCGGGGAAGAGGAGGAGGAGGCCGAGGGCGGUGGCGGCGGCGGCGGCGGCUAUGGCUUCCGCAAGGAGCGCGCCGCGCUGGAGGAGCUGCGCGGCCACCGCAGCAUCGUGACUCUGUACGGUGUGUUCACCGACUACCCUUCUGCCCAAGGCCCAUCAUGCUGCCUCUUGUUGGAGUUGCUGGACAUUAGCGUGUCAGAGCUGCUGGCGCACUCCAGCCUGCAUGGCUGCUCCAUGUGGAUCACCCAGCACUGUGCGCGAGACAUCCUGGAAGGCCUUGCCUUCCUCCACCACAGAGGCUAUGUGCAUGCAGACCUGAAGCCGCGCAACAUCCUGUGGAGUGCGGAGGAGGAGAGCUUCAAGCUCAUUGACUUUGGACUCAGCUUCAAGGAGGGAAUUCAGGAUGUGAAGUACAUUCAGACGGACGGAUACCGCGCUCCUGAGGCUGAGCUGCAGAACCGCCUCUCCAAGGCGGGAGUACAAGGCGGGACGGAGUGCACUUCUGCUAUCGAUCUCUGGAGUCUUGGAAUAGUAUUACUGGAGAUGUUUUCAGGAAUGAAACUAAAACAUACUGUCCAAUCUCAGGAAUGGAGGGCAAACAGUUCUGCCAUUAUUGAGCACAUUUUUGCCAGCAAAAGUGUAGUGAAUUCUGCCAUCCCUGCCUAUCACCUCAGAGACCUCCUCAAAAGCAUGCUUCACGAGGACCCACAGGAAAGAGCCACUGCGGCAAAGGCCUUGUGUAGCCCCUUCUUCAGCAUUCCUUUCGCCCCCCAUAUUGAAGAUCUGGUGAUGCUUCCAACUCCAGUGCUAAGACUGCUAAAUAUUUUGAGCGAUACUUCUCUCCAAAGUGAAGAAGAAUUGGAAGAUAUUGUUGAUGACAUAAGAGAAGAAUGUUGCAAAUACGGACGGGUCGUAUCCCUGUUUGUUCCGAAGGAAGAUCCAGGCAGAGGCCAUGUCUUUGUUGAGUAUGCAAAUGCUGCGGAUUCAAAAGCUGCCCAACGAGCGCUGACUGGGAAGAGUUUCGAUGGCAAGUUUGUUGUGGCUACAUUUUACCCACUGAGUGCCUAUAAGCGAGGGUAUCUUUACCAAACCAUGCUUUAGUCUGCAGCAGCCGUCAGGAGAGACGCACGUAUCCCAAGCUGCCUUGCUUUGCCAAAGUCUUUUCCAGAGUCGGACUCCACCUGUGCUGCUCCUUUCUCAUUCUGUGGUUGGCAAGGAAAAGGCCCAGGUGUUUCUGUUUUGUUGCAGUGAAAUCAGCCUCCUCCUUGCCUUUGAUUUACUCUACAGUAACCAAAAUGCUAUGAAAUGGAUGUUGGAGAUUGAAGGUGGAGAAGAAUUCAUUGUGAAAGAAAUUGAGACACAAGGCAGUGUUGGGGGUUCUGGCACCCAACUUAGCACUGAAUGGUGGCAUGAAGGGUUGCUGGUGUCUGAAACUCCAGAGUUCCUCUUGCCUCAAGCAGAGAAGCAGCAGAGGAGGACAUGCAUCCGGAUGAAGCCACUGAGCCGCCUUCAACAAUUUUAUGGGGAGUACAGAUAACAUUCUCAGCCCAUUGUAGUCCUCCCAUGUUUUUCCAGCACUUCCUCCUCCUUGUCUUCUUACCUCAGAAAGUCUGUUAAGGAGGGAAAAGUGGCACAGGAGUGGAGGGGGAAAUGGAUGCCAUUUUGAGGUGACCCUCCUUUCCCUAUUGUUUCCAGUUUCAGAGACUUUCCAAGUCCUUUCCCUUGAUCUGUGGGCUCUCCACCUUAAUUCAUUGCUUCUUGGAAGGAGGUUUCCCCAAGCCAUACCCUUCAGUUAGCUAUUUAAUCAAUAAGUUACACUGGAAACAGUAGCAGCACUUACUUUAAAGUAGAAAUGUUUCUAGCUAUAAUCCUGCUGCCUUCUAGCUGUGUGCUGCAAGCGCUAUAAAGAUCAGGUUGUGAUCUUUAUCAGGUGGUGAUUUUCAGGCAAAGUCCAUGGGACUUUCAGCCCAACCUGUAGCUGUGUUUACUCAGAAGUAAGCUUAGCUGCAAACCUCUUGCCUGUGCUGCAGGAACUCUUUUUAAAAGCAACAACUUUCUCAAAAUUUUUUGCAAUUGUGCUAUUUAGAAAACAGUAGGAAAAACCCACAGAAAGUGAGGGGCUAAAAUGGCACAGAGACGCGAGCACCUCAAAAUGUCAGGAGGAGGGUUGGUGGCAACUGGUGAGGACAGGGAAAGGCAAAGGAACAGCACUGCCCACCCCAGGGAUGGAGCGUGGCAAGAUCUACAUACCCAAAAGAGCGUGAAGCCUGACGCACCUAGGGGGUGGCCUGCUGCAAUGUCACACCCUAGGACAGAACAUGUUAGGCUGUAUCUGCAGAGACUCUUGAAGGAACAUCCUCAGCCACAGUGUAACUCACAUUAAAAAGCCAUCUUUUAAGAACAGGAUUGCUGCCCUAAAAACAGGGGGUCUGAGGCAAGGUAGGGUCACCCAAAUGCAUUUGGCUGUAUAGAAGUUGAAGCUAGACAAUAGGCAGGAAGGUUUCACUUGUGGCAUCUAGCCAAGCCUUUCUCCCGGGAAGAAGGCGAGAACCAGUGAAGGCACCUUUUGGCUCCCUACGUGUAGGCCCAAAUAGAAAGGUAGACAUUGUCUCUAAAAUACUGCAUUAGAAAGAGCCCUCAUUUUCAAGUAAAUCCAGGUUUGUAUACACUCAAGUGGAUAUUUCAGUUCCUCAUCGGCAGUUUCGGCUCCUGUGACAGGGCUAGUUUAGCUAUGAGCCUUCUCUCUAUCUAGUAAGAGACUAGUGGGGAGGUGGUUUUGUUUUGUUUUACAGUCUCUGAGAAAUUGCCUGUUUGUGUCUUCCCAGCUUCAUCUGCUAAUUGUUAGGCAGGUGCCUACAGAAAGGAUUUAAUUCUGCUCGCAUAAUGAUAUUAUGGGGUGUUGUCCAACCAGAUUCUUCUGUAGAGCUACUUUCCUGAGCCAAUUUUAAACAUGUUUUUAAGAGAAGAGUCUUUGUUCUGUUGGAAAUGCUUGAAACUUCUGAAAUUUGACUACUGGUCCUGCACUCUCGAGGCUUCCCAAUUCCCAGCGUCUAAUGCUUUCACUGCUGCUGCUGCUGCUGCUGGUGCUGAGAAUGGGAGGCCCCCCAGUUUGCCUUGCUCUUAAUCCACGUUGCCCCCAGCAGCUGAUCUUCCUGCACGAGGCUCCUUCACUUCUUGGUUUCUCAAAAGUUGUGCGGCAUUUCUGACAGAGUUGACUUGGGCAAUGGCAGGAAAACAAGAAAGAGACGUUUUAAACGUUUCACCCACUCCUUUUAGAAAAUACUUGAUAUUUUUUUGUAAUGUCUUCAGAAGCUAGCAUUUUAGAAGGGUGUGUGUGUGUGUGUGUGUGUGUGUGUGCAUAAAUGAUUAGGAUUCUCUCAUGGCAAAUUUAUUCCUGGGUUUUGCCUCCUGCCUUUCUGAGCUCUGAAUUAUUUAAGACGGGAUAUUGUCUGCACUGGCAAUUAUACUGAUACUGUUGAGUUUGUUUGUCCUGCGUAGCGUAUCUGAUGUAGAUUUGGGAGAGUGACAUUCCUGAUUCUGGGUGGGGAAGCGAACUGCAUCCACAACCUCCAAGUACCUCAAGUCUUCUAUGAAUAAUUUGUGCAGUCUUGCCUCUCACCUCCAUAAUUCACCUGGGGGGUUCAGUGGGCCUGCCCCUUUCAGUCUUCGUGACUUGGUUAAGUAGAAUGAAUGUCCAAAAUGUGUACUGUCACCCCCCCCCCCGGGCUUUACUGCCUGAGCUUGGGCUUAGCAGGGGAAGGCUGCAGAGCUGCUCCUCUGUUAGCUGAGGGGGCAUCUAUUUCGAGCACAUUUUAAGCCAGAACUGCACGAGAACUUGAAGGUCUUGGUGCUUGUGGGCAAGGACAGGGGCUGUGUCCAAAGACCCGUUCAUAGCUUUGCACUUUCCAAGCCACACGUCUGACCUGGAGUCCACUUUUGGUCCCGGCCAGCCUCCAUCUCUCUGCCCCAAGAAAGACAACAGCACUGCCUGUCUGGCUGGACUUGACUGCUCCAGAGCGUCCUUUGCAAACUGUUCUGUAAACAUAUGUCUUAUGCUCAGAUUAUUUAAGGAGAUCAUGUACUCUAUGCACCAUUGCUCAGCAGCUCAAAAGAUGAAUGUACAAUAUUAAUUGAAAAAUAAAGUAGAUUUGUUCUGAUGUUAACCAA